UGGAAUAGCAACGGCAUCUACAUGAGUGGAAGCAACAUCCUAAUUCCAUCAAAAUGUUUUUUAACUACAGGCCAAGGUUUGAGAACAGUGAUUUCCUGGGACAGUUACGAGCUGAAAGAAGAGUUGCGAACGAAAUAGGUCUAGACCUUCGUGCCAAAUUCCUCAAAAAUGUGGAAACGCUGUUACAGUCAUUUCACCAAAGCGGCACAUGUGAUACACGCGAUCUUAAGCCCACUAAUGGCGAUGCAAUUGAAGUUAUUAGAAUGAAAAUGAAGAGCGAGGCACAGAAAGUGCUCCGUGUACUCGAUGGUCGGGUUGAAGAUGAUUUCUCAGAGUCAGAAUUCGAAAAGCCACAUGAUGAAGAGUUAGAAGACACAAGCGCCAGAUGCCACGUGGGUUCAGACUCACCAAAACAGCCUGGCUCGAAAAAGACGUAUCGAUACAAAUGUCCAAUUUGUAACGAAAACUACACACACAUUGCGAACCAUUUGAAGUUUUUUCACAAACUCAAAAAGGAAGAUGUCUCAAAAAUAAGACUUCAAGAAAAGAGCAAAAGAAUCAGAGAAGCAAAGAGUGGAAAUAAGAGGCCAUUGCGACCUUGCCCAGUUAAGUCAUGCAAGUGGGAAGGUUACCGAAUGGAUUAUCAUUUGCCACAGAAGCACAACAUAAAGAAAGGGUCAAAAAGGUACAAGGCUCUUACCUCUCCAUAAUUUAACCAAAAAUCAAAGACUGUACUGAUGAGUCAGAGACUACAUGCAAGCAUACCUCAGGCUCAUACAAAAAAGGGAAAUAAAAUGUAUGUUUUACAGUAAGAAUCACAAAACCAUGACCAGACAAAUAUUUCAGGAAUGGUUGUAUCGUUCCUUGGCCAAUCACAGACAAACAACAUUCCUGAAAAAUGUAAUUGAUUUGCACUGUAACGAUAAUGAUAAGUAAAUUCAUAAUACCAUAAUUAAUGUACCUAAGUGCCAAGAUCUAUUUUAUAGACUGACAAAUUAUUUCAUUGUGUUGAAAUAUUUGAAUAUUGUUCAAUUUUUGUUGUAGUGUACAUGUUUUCAAAACCAAAAAUAAACUGAAGUCAGAUAGAUUUAUAGGUUAUUUUGA